UUUUUACUGUGGCCGCCAUAGCGUGAGGAGCGUGGUUCCCGGCGAGCCGAAAAACCUUAUCCGAAAAUGGCCUGUGCCCGCCCCCUGAUCUCGGUGUAUUCCGAGAAAGGUGAAUCUUCAGGCAAAAAUGUGUUGAUGCCUGCUGUUUUCAAGGCUCCAAUUCGCCCUGAUGUUGUCAACUUUGUGCACACCAACAUGCGCAAAAACAACCGUCAACCCUAUGCAGUCAGUGAGCUGGCAGGUCACCAGACCAGCGCUGAGUCCUGGGGUACUGGAAGAGCUGUGGCUCGUAUCCCGCGUGUGCGCGGUGGUGGAACCCACCGUUCUGGCCAGGGUGCCUUUGGAAAUAUGUGCCGUGGAGGCCGAAUGUUUGCCCCCACCAAGACCUGGCGUCGCUGGCACCGCAGGAUCAACACCACUCAGAAGCGUUACGCCAUCUGCUCUGCCCUUGCCGCUUCUGCCAUUCCUGCGCUGGUGAUGGCCAAGGGUCACCGCGUCGAGGAAAUUCCUGAGGUCCCUCUGGUCGUUGAAGACAAAGUUGAGGGAUACAAGAAGACAAAGGAGGCUGUGCUUCUGUUGAAGAAGCUGAAGGCCUGGAACGACAUUAAGAAGGUGUAUGCCUCUCAACGUAUGCGUGCUGGCAAGGGUAAGAUGAGGAAUCGUAGACGCAUUCAGCGCCGCGGGCCGUGCAUAAUCUACAACCGUGACGCGGGUGUCACCAAGGCCUUCAGAAAUAUCCCAGGCAUCACCCUGCAGAACGUCAACAAGCUGAACCUCCUGAGGCUUGCUCCCGGUGGUCAUGUGGGCCGCUUCUGCAUCUGGACUGAAAGCGCCUUCCGCAAGCUGGAUGAACUGUACGGCACCUGGCGCAAACCUUCCUCCCUCAAGGUCGACUACAAUCUGCCAAUGCACAAGAUGACCAACACAGACCUGAGCAGGAUUCUGAAGAGCGAAGAGAUCCAGAAAGUACUCCGUGCUCCAAACAAGAAGGUCAAACGCAGAGUGCUGAAGAAGAAUCCUCUGAAGAAUUUGAAGGUGAUGCUCAAGCUGAACCCGUAUGCAAAGACGGCCAGACGCCAUGCCAUCCUCAUGCACGAUCCCAAGAUCAAGGCAAAGAUGCUGAAGCCCAAGUGGAAGCCCAGAAGGGAUGGCACCAAGGCCAAAACCCAACCCAAGGCCGAGGCAAAGGCAUAAACUUGUCCAUGCAUAGAGACUGGAGUUCAGUCAUGAAUAAAGUUGGUCGAAAUGUU